AAAUGGGGGCGCAGAAAGAAAAGUCAACGGUCCCAUCUUCUUCCCCAGUUGCAGUGUGAAAGGUUGAGUGUUCAACAAUUUCCAAACUUUUCCAACCAACAGGAGUAACACUAGUUCUAGUCCAAGUGGUCCCUCCUUAACGAUUAUUAUUUAAUUAAAAAUAAACUUCUUGAUCGAUAUUAUAAUUCUGAAAAUUUCCAAGAGACUCGCUUCAACUCCGAGUCUAGACUCUGGACAAAAGCAGAAAAACAAGCAAACAAGCUCAAGGGCUCAAAGCUCAUAGAGUCAUCAUGAAGAAGGGAAGCUUAGCACCUAACCUCAAGCUCACUCUCCCUCCUUCUGAUGAAGUUUCUUUCUCUAAGUUUCUGACAAAAAGCGGCACGUUUAUGGAUGGCGAUCUCCUGGUUAAUAGAGAAGGGGUUCGGAUCGUUUCUCAUAGAGAAGUUGAAGUUCCACCGCCUAUUCAGCCAUCAGACAAUCAGAUGAUUUUAGCAGAUCUGUACGUGAUUAAAGUCAUUGGAAAAGGAAAUGGUGGGGUUGUUCAAUUGGUUCAACACAAAUGGACUGGCCAGUUUUUUGCACUAAAGGUAAUUCAAAUGAAUAUUGAGGAGUCUAUUCGCACGCAGAUUGCACGGGAAUUGAAAAUUAAUCAAUCAUCACAAUGUCCCUACAUUGUUGUAUGUUACCAGUCUUUCUAUGAUAAUGGUACCAUUUCAAUAAUCCUAGAGUACAUGGAUGGUGGGUCUUUGGCAGAUCUUCUGAAAAAGGUCAAAACAAUUCCAGAGCCGUAUCUUGCUUCCAUUUGUAAGCAGGUGCUGCGGGGUUUGUUGUAUCUUCAUCAUGAAAAACACAUCAUUCACAGGGACUUCAAACCUUCUAAUUUGUUAAUCAAUCAUCAAGGAGAAAUUAAAAUAACUGACUUUGGUGUAAGUGCAAUAAAGGCAAGCACUUCUGAACAGGCAAAUACUUUUGUUGGCACGUACAACUAUAUGUCGCCAGAGAGAAUUGUUGGUGGCAAUUAUAGUUACAAAAGUGACAUCUGGAGCUUGGGUUUAGUACUGCUGGAGUGUGCAACAGGUCAAUUCCCAUAUUUACCACCAGAUCAAGCUAAAUUAUGGGAUAGCUUUUUUGAGCUUAUGAGUGCCAUUGUUGAACAACCACCACCUUGUGCACCUUCUGAUCAAUUUUCUCAGGAGUUCUGCUCAUUUAUUUCUGCAUGCGUACAGAAAGAUCCUAAGGAUAGAUCGUCAGCUCAGGAUCUCCUAACACAUCCUUUCAUCAACAUGUACGACGACUUGAAUAUUGACCUUGCCUCUUACUUCAGUGAAGCAGGAUCUCCCCUUGCAACAUUUUAAAACCUAUCUGGGAACAAUUGGAUCGUAGAAUGAUUCUUCUGCUCUCCGUGCUGUCUAUCCCAGGAUGUGUAUUUUUGUAAUUGAGACGAAUGAUUUUUGAGUUUUUUUUGGAAUUUUGGAUUUAUGACUCCUUGCAAACUAGUCAUACCUCUUCCUGCCAUUCAUUUGUACUCUCUUAGACCUAAUUGUAGUAUGAAGCACAUCAAUGAAAGAUAUAGA